CAUCUAAUAAUGUAUCCUCUGAAUAUCUGCAUUUGGUGCAAAAACAGUGGAAGUCACUGAGAUUUCUCAAAUAUUGGUUUGAUAAUUCAAAAACUUAUAGUAAAAUUGGUUUCACAUAGUUAAAAAAAAUACAGAGAUUGGCAAAAGAAUGGUUGUAUUUUCCUUUUAUUCCAUUCAAAAACUCAAAAGAAGAAUACUCUGACUUCAUUGCUUGAGUUGCUGCAAACAUAAUCUUGAAAGUUUUUUGCGCUUUUGGAACGCCUAUCACAACUAUUACAUCCCCUUUUCGUUCUUUUGUAACACAGCUCUUAAAUGUGUGGGUGUCUGUGGUUGGAUGCAAUUAAAAUCUUGCAUUAUUGUAAGUGCUUUAACAGAGCUCAAGAAGCAAAUCUAAAAGGCCAAGGCCUGACAAACUUGGAAUCUUUUUCAAAUACUUUAUUUUUUGACUGGGAAGAAGUGGAACUAGAGUAUCUUACACUUUAAAUUUUGUAUCCUUUGCAAUUUAGCUUAAUGCAUCAUCAUCGUUAUGUAUAUAUGUACAAAACAGGAAGUCCUUUCAGAUCAUAUCGGCAAUCUACUUCCUUAUAUGUACAAAAAUAAAAGUUGACUGAAACAGCAAAGGCAAAAAUUGAUACAACAUAGGCAAGCCCCGUAUUUUUAGGCCUAUUCAAUCGUGGGGCAGAGGGGGUUUAAUAGCUAAGAUUGCAAUUUCUUUUUCUGUGUGUGUUCCUGCAAGACCCCAAAGCAGGAACCAAUCCAGAUUAUAAUUUUUUUCUGGGUGCUGUAACCAUGUCCACAAAUGAGAUUCCUUUGCAAGUAUCAGCCAGACUUUCACAAGUGUCCUCCCCACAGCCAGGCUGCCCAUCUCCUUCUAUCCCACCAGGUAAAAUCAUCUCUUCAUCUCAGAAGCACAGCAAAAAGGCACUUAAACAAGCCUUGAAGCAAAAGCAAAGGAAGCAGCAUCAUUGCCGAACCAGUGUGCCUGUAUCAACUAAUCACCACCUCCUACAGCAGCAUGUGAAGAUUGCUAACCAUCCUGCAAAAGCUGCUUGGGAAGGAAAACAGUCAGAUGGACAUUCAAGUAGCCCACAGAAUUCUACUUCUAGUUCUUCUCCCUCUGUUAAAACUGAGCCUUCCUUGCCAAUCCUUGGGAAGAAACCAUUUCAGAGAUCUGAGAGGCUCCAUGCAAGGCAGCUGAAGAGGACAAAAUGUGCUGAAAUUGAUGUAGAAACCCCAGAAUCCAUCUUGGUGAACACCAAUCUGCGAGCUUUAAUCAACAAGCAUACAUUCAUGGGACUACCAGUUGAAUGUCAGCAGAAGCUGCUCCUGCUUCUGCCAGAGGUGGACAGGCAGAUUGGAAUGGAUGGCUUGAUGAAGCUUAGCAGUUCUGCCCUCAACAACGAAUUCUUUAAUUCUGCUGCACAAGGAUGGAAGGAGCGACUCUCGGAAGGGGAGUUCACUCCAGAGAUGCAGCUGAGACUACGGCAGGAAUUAGAAAAGGAGAAGAAAGUGGAACUUUGGAAAGAGCGCUUCUUUGAGAGCUAUUAUGGUCAGAGUUCUGGGCUAAGCCUUGAAGAGUCCAAACAACUGACAUCUUGUAUUCCUACUGUUCAGAAUCAAGCACAGACUGGGACUCUAGCACCUCAGUUACAGAAAUGCAUAGUAGUCCAUAAAGCAGUACCUGACAAAGAACAGACCAAUCCUCUGGUGGGUCCAAAAGUACAGGUUCUCCCAGCCGUAACAGCAGCCACUAAAGGAGAGGAGAUUGAGCAGCCCAAGGUCUUUAAGCCAGAAGAGCUUGCACAUUCUUCUGGCAACAGUGCCUCCUUCCACAGUAGCAGCCAGAUUCCUCAGAAGAUUUCCAAAAGAGUUGAGGAGCUAGAAGAGGUGACACCACCCCCUGCUUGCCUGGAGUCUGUGAUGAGACAAAAUCCAAGCAAACCAAAGAAUGCAGCCAUUGCUGGCAUUAAACCAAGCCCAGAAGUAGAAUCUCAGGAGAUUUCUGCAAAGGAGGCUCCUGCCACUUGCACAGAACAAAUGGACACUGGAAGCCGGGCUUUCAAGAGAAAAUCAGAGAUUCCUGAAGAGGCACUGAUGACACCUGAAAAACAGCUCCAUGUGACGGAAAAGUGCCCCACCAGGCCCCCUUUUCAGGCCCCACUGCAGUGCUUUCCCAUCGCGCCUACACCAAAAGUCCCUCCGCUCAGGAUCCACGUCUCCAGAAUCCAAGGAUCUCCAGCAUUACUGUCUGCUAGCCAGGUCUCUCCCAGGCCCCCCUUCCCAAUCAUCAGGCGAACAGGGGCCAGGACUUUGGCCGACGUCAAAGCCAGGGCUAGAAUGGCCAGGGCCCAGCGAGCAGCUGCUGCAGCCGAAGCAGCCGCAGCAGCCGCCAUUGCUGCUACUUCUGCCUCCAUUGUGGAAGCCAUCCCAGGCCCGGGGCCAGGAGGGGGGAAAGGAGAGGACAAGAGCAGUGCACUCUCAGGGAGGCCUCAUGGAGCUACAUUGGACAUGGCAGGCUCUGGAAGCAGGACAAGUCCAAAAAGGCUUUUCCCCUCUUGCCCAGCCCCUUUCUCCCCCGCAGACUCCCCGGCUCCAGAACCAGCAGCUACAAGCAGUGCUGCUAGAGCACAACUACAGCCGGCUCCCCCAGCACAAUCCAGAACUGCAAGCAGCAACCCAGAGGCAGCGAGGGCGUCGAUCUCGCAACCAGCAAUAGGGAGUGUCAACUGUACAAAUCCCAGGAUUUUGACUGUGCCUGCCACUCAGGGUGUCACAGCUUCUUUGGGCUCAACAGCUGAUCUUGCUUCCAUGAUGGAAAAACUUAGAAAUAAACCUCUUGCUCUGAACCAGGUUACAAGAACAUCCUGUGGUUUUGAGCCUGCUGUAAACUGCAAAAGUGUAUCGAAAACAGCUUCUCCUACCAGCACAGGUGUUCCAGAAGACAAAGUCAGGGCCUCGCUUUCUGUAUCUCCUGUGUUGGCUGGACCCUUUAAGGCACCCUCUCCCCUGUCUUCCCCAUGUGGCACUCUGCCCACGUCCACUUUACCUUCUCCUUCCCGUCAUAAUUUGUUGGUAGCCCAUAGCCCGAAAGUCCCCCCAAGCUCCUCAGGUUCAAGUGGAAGUACCUCUGCAGUAAAGGCCAGCUCCAAUAUACCUGCUAAUAAUCCUCUGGUGACUCAGCUGCUGCAAGGUAAAGAAGUCCCAAUGGAGCAGAUCCUCCCAAGGCCUCUGACAAGAGUUGAGAUUAAGACUGUUGCACAGCCUGUGAAGGAAGGCAAAGCAACCACAAUUGUUUCGAGGCCUGGCCCUCCAAGGGAAGGGGAAGGACAGCUGCACAUCACUUUCCCAGCAGGUGGGAAGCCAAACCUUAGUCGCUGUGGACAAUCCCAAGAUCCCCCACCCAUAUCCUCUUUAUCAGGGCAGGACUUGUGGAGCAAGCCUACAGACCUCCACAGUAGCCAGGAAACUUUAGGCAAGAGUGCCCAAGAUCAUAUUCCCCAGACUGUCAUGCAGAAAGUCCCUGCGCAGAGCCUCCCUGCUGCUGCUUCUCCCCCUCCACGUCUCCCCCUCCUCCCCCCACAUUUCCCAGUAGAGAACAGCUCCACCAGCCAAAGUUUCACACUGGGAUUCAUAGGGAGAAGGACAUUCAAGCCUGCCAUGUCUGGCCAUUACCUCCUGAAUGUUUCUACCUACGGGCGCUGCCCAGAGAACCUAAGAAGAAACCUUGCCCAGCCCCCAGAGAGCCACCUACGUUCAGAUGAGCCCCCAAAGAAAUUAGAGGAACAGAAGCACCCACCUGGCAAUAACAUUAGCAGUGGUGAAGAUGAAGGGGACACAGAUGGCAAUGUUGCUCCACAGGCAACAGUACAUCUCAAGGUUAAAGAGGAACCUCUGGCUCCAGGAAGAGGAGGAGGAAGGCAGGCAGCUUCAAAGGUAAAACUGGAGCAGGCAGCAAUAAGCCACAAGGAUGGAAACAUUUGCUUAUUCCCAGCAGGUCAAGACUAUGCUGAAAGCAACUCAGCAAAAGAUUUUAUUCAGGAUGCCCAAGUGGCUCAGGCAACUAGAGGAGAAAGGAGAUCUUGCAGUGGGGAACUUCAAACUUGUGCUCCAGGAAAUGUUACCCCACAGCGGCCCCUGCUGUUCUCGCCCUCACCCUCUCAGCUCUUUGGAAACCCUACUCCUGCGCAACUUAUUGGACCCGGCUACAGUGGCACGAUUAACGUUUCCACUUCUCCAGACAUGCAUCAGGAUGCUCUCCUGACUGGACUGUCGGACCCCAGCCGCAUGGGGGAUGUAGUGUCCUUCUCUGUAACUGUAACAGCUAUCCCUGCUAGCCACUCAUCAAAUACUGGUAGCCAUGGGCAAUCUCUGCGUGGCCAGGCUUUUGCAGAAGAUGGCGGCUUGGAGGACUUGCCCUCCAAGUGCUACUGUCGCUUGAAAGCCAUGAUUGUGUGCAAGGGCUGCGGGGCCUUCUGCCAUGAUGACUGUAUUGGGCCCUCCAAGCUCUGUGUUUCCUGUCUCGUCGUGCGGUAGCAGGGUUUUUCUAGAUGGCAUCUCAUCUAAGGGAGCAGGAAGGGCAUGCUGCUGAGUCAAGAGUCCCUGUCCUUAUCCCACUCCACAGUUCCCUUGGUUUCCUUGAGAAUGAAGAAAGCACCUUGGAUGAAUGGCUGAACCCAGUGGGACAAGUGUGUGCACUUAAGGAAUCAUGUAAAUAUGUUGCAUUGUUUUGUCUAAAAGAUUAUUUUUUCCCUCAACUUUGAGAUAAAUCUGUGGAUGUGAACCUCAUGCUCAUUUUGCCUCUUGUGCUAUAGUAGCAGAAUUCUAGCCGAGUAAGUCCCUCUUCACUUCCAGUCCCCCUGUUUCCCAUAGGGCCUGAUCUGCCUCCACCCUGCUACCAUUGUGGCCUCCGUGUUUUUCUUUCAAUGGACUUGCCAAAUGUCCUAGUGAAACACAGUGGUUGAGACUAUUACAUCAUCAGCCAAAAGCAACAGGAGGAUACAAAAAGUGGGCAGACAGCCUACUGCCCAGUUGAAUUUUGUUGCAUUGCUGUUUAUAGUAAACAAUUCUUCUUUACUAUAUAAAAUCACCUUGAGGAGAGGCAGAGGCCGCGUACUGCAGAUCAUCAGAAUUUGCAGGGCAGAAUGGGGCUUCAUGGAGAUGGUCAGUUUAUAGCCCUGAAUUAACCAAUGGCAGCAAUGAUGAUUUUUAUUUUCUUGUAUGAAAUGGGUAUGCUUAGCCUUUGGAUUUCAAUCAAGAUACAGCAGCACAAACUCAUUUGGUCCCAGGCUCUAGAUUCCCAUUUUUUUCAAGAAGAAAAAUGUCUCAGUGAGGUAAAUGCUGUAGAAUAGAGUGGGUGAAAUGGUUCAGUUUUUUUUUUUAACAUCAAGCCAUAAUUUUGGGUCAGCUUGUCAGCUUCUGGAAUCAGCUCUGACUCAAAUAAUUGAAGAUUUCAAGCUGAAAAAGAUAGUGGGGCCUUGUUAUUCCCUUGUGUAUAUUCUUCAAUUGCACACUAAAGGUGUGGAGCAUUAUAUUUAGAAGCAGAAUUGAUCCUGCUCAGAAUCAGCAUAUUUAAAAGAAAAUGGAGUUUCUGGACAUGGAUUUCACGUAGAGAAGGAAGGAAGGAAGGAAGGGCAUUUCCUUGGAACUAAUUUGUAAGAUGCCAUGUCAGUGAUGGAUGGAACUUGAGCUUUUAGGAUGGAACCUGAGGCAUACAAAAUUUGUUCUACUUUUUCUGACACCUUUUUUUUCCCCUCCCCUACCUCUAUUCAUUUCUAUUGCCAGAGACUCAAACUAAUUGCUUAUAAAGAGCUUUCAAGAUUAGGCAGUAAUGAGGUUCCAUACAAUUAUGGAAAGUUUGAUGAAGUCAGCAUAAUUUAUUCCAGCUCCAGAUUCUACAUUUUGUGAGGCUGAUUUACACUGAGUUAGAGAUAUUUAGAGCCUUUGCAGCUCUGUUCUAGAUUUCUGCUGUAGUUUGGUAGCACAUAACUCCAGAGUUGUACUUGGGCAUUUGGGCUCCAGUCCUCAGUUAAUGUGCAGGUUUUUAGAUGAAGUACUACCCAUUGAGUGAUAGGAAAAUUUAACUUUCAUAGAAUAUUCUCCUUUUGAGAGAUAAGAGUAGGAAAAGAUAGUUUAGCCAUGGUACACACACUCCAUGCAAGUUGAACUAUAUCAUUUCCAGUUUCCAUCCUUCAUUCUAGAUAAAAGCCAAUACUGAUGUUUAUGAAUUGAGACAGUUUCACCAUUAACCUUUUGAAAAACGAGCCAGACUAGAAAUCAGGAAAGCAGUGCUAGUCCCGCCGUAGACACGAAAGCUGCAGGAGACCCAGUCAUGCACACUUGGCUCAACCUCAGAGGGUUGUUGUGGGGAAAAUAGGAGUGGGGAGUUUUAAAUACCUUCCCUGGCUUCAGUGUUUUACAGAAAUAAUAAAGGUGAGAUUAAAAAAAAAAGGAGUAUUGCUUGGAGAAAGCCACAGGACUACAUUACCCAUUUCAGCAAGCAUUGCCCAUUUUCUAUUACUCCUCAUGGGAACACCACAUUACAAUGACUGCUAUGGGAAUUGGAUCACUUUUCUCAUGAUUUUAAGUUGUGAUUGACCUUCUAUUUUUAAUAAUGGUCUGCCAGAUAUCUCCCAGCAGCUUAUAGGCAGUAUAGAAACUACUUGUCUUUCAAGUUGCAUGUGCCCCCAAAAACAGCAACUCUUGGGUAGGCCUAUUCUCUUCCCUGAAUUUUAUUAUACUUGAAGAAGGUAUGAAAGGCAGUAUCACAUUUUGUAUUGGUCAAUCCUAUAAGUUAGCCAUUUUUUUUUUGCAUGUUCUACAUCUACAGUAUUUAUACAGCUAGUAUCGUGUAUUGUUCUUUUACACAUAGGUAAAAACACAUCAGUGUGUCUUGUGCUUUACUAGGUAAAGAAUGGCCAACAUACAGGAAACAGAAUUUUUAAUAAAGUCAAUAAGAACCAGAAAGAGAACAAAAUUUAGGUACAUUCAAUUAAACAAGACACAUCUUUAUAGUAAGUAUUAAAGUAAAUAAGUUAGAUGGCAUGAAUUUCUAGUGCUUAUACUUUACCCCUUUUACUCAUGCAAUUCAUAAAUGUGUAACUGUAUCAGAAUCCCCUCAUUCUUUAGCUGCUGUUGCUUCUAAGCAAACAAUCCAUGUUUUUAAGAUUUCACUGGCAAGAUGAAAAUUGUAGCCUUUUGGUACUUGGUCUAUUUGGCAUCUUUUCCUGGCACCAAAACAUCCAGAUGAGGGCACACUAAAUUAUCAUGGACCUACCCUUCAUUUCAGACCUUUUCCUAAUAUUUAAUUAGCUUCUCUUCAUAAUUGAUGUACAGUGUUUGCAUUUUCAUUAAGCUGUCAUGAUAACCUUAGGAUAAUAUUUCCACUUAGUUCUUAUCAGAUUCUGUAACUCUGUUAACAAAAGGGUAUUUUAAUCAUUAUUUUUGCUUUAUGCCACCUAGUCAUUUUUUCCUCUCUCUUGAAUACUUUGGUAUUACCUAAAAACUCAAGCAAUUUACUCUUCAGUCAAAACCAUCAGGGAAACAAAUGCAAAUUAUAUAAGGACAUAUUAAAAAGUGCAAACUCUGGGGAAUGCUUUUAUUCACAUCCUCAAAUUUGUUUAUACUACUGUCUGCUUCCUGCUCUUUUACCGAAUAUAAUCCACAAAGAAGAUUCUUACUUGUGAUUAUUAAUUUUUUUCAGCCCUCACUUUUUAUAUACAGAAGAUCUCUGCUAUCCGGAUGCUGAUGCUUUUCCAUACUCCAAAUAUUAGUAAAAUGAACUUUUCUCUCAGAAACCAGCUUAUUUUUCCUCAGCAAUUUUAAAUUAGUGUAUGUAGUAGUGCAAGUUUUCAAAUUGACUGGAGGAAGGAUUGGGGUCAAUAUAUUUGUUUUAUUUUCGUCUUUUUAAACAAAAUACAAUGAUGUUACUUUGGCUACCUUUUCAUAUUCGACUAAGUUCAAUAAUGAUUCGUGUGUCACUACACUUUUAUUGUGAUGGAUCAGCAGAAUAAUAGCCCCUGCCUUUCAAUCCAAUAGCAUUCAACCCCUUCUGACUUCAAUUUCUGUUGAAGCCUGACUUCACUGCAACUGAAUCAUUCAUUCCAUCAUUCUCCUAUCUUUCAAGUAAUGAAUAUUCAUUCUGUGAUUGUCCUCUUAGCAGCAUCUCCAAUUUUACACUAUACAUUAAAGCAGGAAUUCAAUAAUUAGAAUGGGUUUACUGGUUCCCAUUGAGUUUUACAGAACACAAGUGAGGGGGUCAAAACAUGAUUUCUCAUAUAUUAAAAUAAUUAAUAGCAGUUUUGUCUCCUCCCUUUCACAAUGGUGCCUCAGAAUUGUUUCCCCUUUCUUUUAGGGGAAUUAUGAUUAUAGUAAUAUUCAUGUGCCUGAAUUCUCCAGAAUCCUUCAGCAGGGACAUUUU